GUUUAGCUAAUUAUAAACGUGUAUUAAGAGUAACAACUAGUUCUGGAGGUCGUAAAAUAAAAAUCAAGUCUUUUCUAACGACUGGAAAACUUUUUUUAUCUAUGGGUAAACCAAACCCACAUCUUGGUAAGAAAUAGACAUGAAAGAACAUUAAAAUAUACUAAUCAAUACAAAACAACCAAGUAGCCAAAUUUUACCACAUUUUAAGUAGGAAACUUUUGCUUUUCCUCAUUUGACUUUUCUCUUCUCCCUCUUUCAUACACAUAUGACAUCAUAUAUAUACAAGCAUUCAUGUACCUUCCCUUUUCCCUUAAUCAUCACAUACUCAUUGUUCUUCUUUACUAAAAACAUCACCACACUCACAUAUAUACGCAUAUACCUCUCUAUAUUUUUUUUAUAUAUACUCUUCUCAUAAAGUAGACUCUAUGGAUAAUAAAUCUCCAAGAUCAAAAGAAAUCUUGGGACCAAGACCAACUCCAUUGAAAAUCCGUAAAGACUCUCACAAGAUCAUCAAGAAGCCACCACUAGCGCCACAACCACUACAAUCACAACCACCGCAGCUACACGAGCAAGAACCAUCACAACUAUUGCCUCCACGCGGUCCAGUGAUAAUAUACACUGUAUCUCCCAAGAUUAUACAUACACAUCCUAAUAACUUCAUGACAUUGGUUCAACGUCUCACAGGCAAAACCUCUACCCCCACAAUUCCAUCCUCCUCUUCUCCAUACCCCUUAGCACUAGACUACACAUCUGCAUCAAGAGACACGUCAGCAGUGUUCGAUGCAUCCCGUGGUUCGAUAUCUCCGGCGGCUAGGUAUGCUGCGAUGGAGAAAGCUAAUGUUUCAAAUGAACUAGGGUUUGUGGGUGGCAUAGAGAGCACGAAUCAAUAUUACCAACAUGACCAUCAUCAAAACCGAGCUACCGAACGUGCUGGAAUCUUGUCUCCAGGGCCCGCUUCUCUACCGCAGAUAUCGCCAGAUUUCUUUUCUACGGUUGGAGGAUCUGAUCCUCAAGGUUUUUCGUCGUUCUUCAAUGACUUUAGCUCAAUCCUACAAGCCACUCCAACGAUCCCGUCUCCUUCUUCCAUGGACCUUUUCACAAAUUUUUUUGAUUGUUAGAUUGGGAUUUUAUUUCAAGUUGAACUUAGUUUUACAAGUAUUAUAGAGGGACACAUGAUGUGUUAUACGUUUUUCAUCAUUUUUAGGAAACACUCUCAUAGAAUUAGAGGGGUUAUACUUCUGCAUGUCGUCAUGUUGACGUCAUCUGUUAGAAACAAAUUGGCAAUUUGAUGAUAUAUGUAUGCGUGUUCGGUGGGCAUUUUCAUAGUUUUAAAUACUAUCUUUAGUGACUCUUGUUCC